AUGACCAAGACUCUAGUGACGAUCUUCGUGGCAGUGCUGUGGGCGAAUACGCCAAUUGCCGCGUACUCGCGAGUGGCCACAAAUGGGAAUAUUGCCAACGACACGGAUGCCGAGCAAGUCCACGGAGUAUCGACUCUCCUCACGCCCGACCUCAACACCACCGAGACGCCCACCAGCACCACGCCAGUCCAGGAGACCGGGCGAGCGGCGGACUUGCGACCAUUCAGACUUCCCUUCGUGUCCUCUGGCGGCGUCAGGCGGACGCAAUCGCGACCGCCCGCCAGGACGUCCAGCAUGUACGGUGGCGCGCCCGUGGCCAGGAAGCAGCCACAAAUCGUCUACCCUGUGUACACACCCUCAAACCACCGACCCGCCAAUCACCAGUGGCGAGUGCAAGGUCCCGUUGCCAUGGACAGAUACUCUCCGGCUGAGGCUUAUUCGGCGGGAAUCUACAAGGUCAAGAAGAAGAAACAGGAGCAGAAGAUGGGGUACAACUAUCCCAAGCCCGUCGCUUCGUUUCCCGCAGCAGGUCCUGCUCCUGCCGCUGCACCACCGGCGCCAGCCGCACCCGGUCCUGUCUUCCGACCAGCUCCUCCUCAACCGGCCCCAGUGUUUCGGCCCGCUUCUCCGCCGGCGCCACAAGCAGCGGCUCCUCCAAUGCCGGCACCGCAGAAUACUUACAUUCCGCCAUCGAACAAGGACCUGUACGCCUUCCCGCCAAACGUGAACUCCCCGUACUUGCCACCUCAGGACGCCCCAGCGAAGUCUGUGUCACCGGUUUCGAGUUACUUGCCGCCUGCAGCUGGACCUGCGGACACUGACAGUGACUUCAAGUUCCCCGGACCUGUAAAUCCUAUGUACUUGCCCAUGAACAAACCGGCUGAAGCUCCAGAUGCGGCUCCGGCUCCUGACUCUGACGACAGCAAUGGAGACGAUAGUGGCUCUAUGGACGAUCAGACGACUCCUUCACCCCCUGACCAUGACGAUCACUUCCCAGACAGCUUCCCCGAUCACUAUCACGAUCACGAUCACGACCACGAUCACUAUCCACACCAUCACGGCCACGAGGUGAUUUUAGAUCAUCCUCCGCCUGGAUAUUUCGAUCACUACAGCGAUCAUCAUCACUAUUUCGAUCACGCCCCGGCCACGCCAGCCCCUGCCCCUACCGAAGCCCCCACAGACGCUCCCGCACCCGCAGACGCAAUGGACGACAUGGCGCCCCAAGACAUGGGAAUGCCAAACGACUCUCCCUUCCCAGACUCCUACAAGUACAGCGGACUCUACGGCGUUGACGCGUCGCCCGAACUGAUCUAUGACCACGAUCCGCAUCAUCACUACCACCACGUGGAGCCCACAACCACCACCGAAGAGCCCCCGCCGGAGCCCAGGGUGAAGAAGUACAGCUACUACUACCUCGGUCGGAAGCUGUGGUACAUCCCGCUCUACUUCACGGUGUGGUUCACCUUCUACGUGGCCGCGCUCAUCAUCCGCUCCAUCGCCCGGCACAAGGUGGAGAUCCCCGAACACUAUCAGGCGCGCAGGAAGCGCGAUCUGGAUUGCCAUCGCGAGACAGUGCGGAAAGUGGAUAAAAUGGCAGUGUUUGUAAUGAGUCAGAUUGAGGAUUUUGCCCACAAAUAUUUGCAAUAA